AUGUCGCUCUCGAUCGACACUUCGAGGAGCUACCCUAACGACGACGGGAACGCGCUGUUCUCCCGCGCUGCGAGCUAUACGGACCUCCCCAGUCAGGCUGAAACCGAAGCUGCCUCACCCUCGUUAAGACGAACCUUCUCCGAUUACGUCGUACCCACCGUGUCUGAGUCUCCGACCAAAGAAUCUGUGGCCGCUGGCAAAGACAUCCUCCGCCGCACAUCCCUGCGCUCGAAAGCCAAACCCCCACCCACUGUCUCACACUUCACCCUUUCUUCGUCGGAGGACCUUCAGGAGAUCACAACACAAGAUGUCGAACCGAAACUACUGGGACAUCGAGCUCCGGAACCUGCUGCGCGGCCAUCGAAAGGGCGCUCGAUGUCGGGACGAAUAGUCAGUCUGGCGAGGAAGCCAUGGGGCUCCUCCUCGAGAUCCCCCUCCCCUUCUGCCAAGAAAACACAACAGAAGCUUGAAGAUCAAUCGCCCACGCGAAAGGGAUCUCGAAACACGGAGGAGUCGGACUCGGACUCUGCACCACCGAGUCGCAGACGCUCAAUAUUGUACAAACGCCCGCGUCGCCCAAUGCUCGCAGUGGUGGCGAAAGGCGAUGAUGAUCCUCCUAGUUCACCGGUUAGCCCAUCACAGUCGCUCCGAAACAGGACUUCAUUCGAAAAAUUCAGCGCAUCGCUGUCCGUGUCUACCCCUGUGCUCCCGCCGAUGCCGAAGGGCGCUGCAGCAACAGCAGCCUCUUUCCAGAACAACGGAGCCGACCAGUUUCAAUCCAAAUCGAGCUCAUUGAAGGCCAACGUAAUUCGCACCUCGCUGCUGCCAUUUCUCGGUCGUCAUCAUCUUCAUGCGUCCUGUAAGAACCUCAGACCAGAGGACUUGGAUCGACGGGUGAAUAUUCUUAACAAGUGGUGGAUUGGGAUGCUGGAGAUGCUCAAUGGCAAAAAUAACCAAUCGAUUUCAGGAACCGACCGGCCUGUGUUUUUGGAGGCUGUCGUGGGUAUCAUGACCCGACCCGAAUGGCGCAUUCCCUUUCCUACUGCGCAGCAAGGCAGUGGGCCUACGGAUUCAUUGAAAUAUGCAUCGACCUCAGUGUCAGAAUCAUCAGACGGGUCCGCUUCAACAGCAUCGGACUUCCUAAUUGAGUCGAUUCACCAUAACAUUCGAAAUAUCUUUGUUCAGAAUCUCCUGUCGCAAAUGGCGUUUGUGGUGGAGCGAAUGUCCAUGCGACAUGCUCCCGCGAGCUUGGUGUCUUUCUGUGGCAAAGUUUGCGCUUAUGCCUACUUCUUCUGUCCAGGUGUGGCAGAUAUCAUGGUUCGCCUGUGGAACACACCUCCGUCUAUGUUCCGCCGGAUUAUGAUCGGAUCGCCGCAAUCUCCGGCAGGGAAUACGCGUGCAUACACCCAAGAGCUUGCCUUGAGCUUCCCCCCGGCUCUUCGACCUCUCGCAUUUCACUCCCCUGCGCUCCUCCUUCGACAUCUGCGUCGCAAGCCCGAAGCACCUCUCAACACCUCCAACAUUGCGUGGAAUGGCCCAUGGAAAGCCCGCUGGUCCGGUCGUGACACUGAUCUGUUCUUCGUCUUUGUCAAAUAUAUCCACAUCCUCUAUGCAGAGUAUCUUCCUUCUGAGACAGAGAAGGACAAGCGUAUCCUCGCUCCAGGGCUGCUCCUUGUUCAUGCCCAGAUGAUCGUCGCAUUUGAGGAUAUAAUUUACAAACAAUCUUCGCACCAAGCCGCCGAAGCCGCUCAUGCAGCAACUUCAAUCACGUUCGACGAUCUGAUGGAGGCUCCGGAUGCAUCGGCUGCCGCUUCUCUCCCCUUCGGAGCUGGAAGGCACAGCCAUCGUUCCAUGGCGGAGAGUCGUUUGGUUAUCCUCGCUCGAGAUUUUCUCUCAGAAUCUUCCUCUGAGCCCAAUCGCGCUCGGCUCCUUUUCGCGGAGAGCUUUUGUAGUCUUCUCAAGGUGGCGGCCCAAAAAGUUUCUCUCUUUGAUCAUAAUGCCUGCUUCCUUCUUUGCGAUCUCCUUGAAGAGGUCAUUCCGAUCAUCACUCGAUACGCGCAUUCCAUCGAUACAGAAUUGUUCGACUGGGCUUUCUGGCAGGACGUCUGUGGACAGAUGAUGCAGAGUCAUAACUCCAUGACCGAAGUGCGUGUUUUCUCUUUCAUUUACUGUGUUUGGGGCACAUGGGUCUCAACCGAGGAGAGAAAAGCCAAUCUCUGCCUGGACUUUUUGUUGCACGAGCCUAUUUUCUUCCAUUAUUUCAACCACUGGAGUCCAAUGGUUCGUGCUUAUUACCACCGCCUCCUUUGCUGGAGAGUCGGUCGGUUCAAUGUGGAUCCGUCUGCUCUUGACUCAACCAUCUACGAAACGCUUUCGGACCGCCUUCUGCGAGUGUGGGACUACUACGUGGGAUUCCAGUCCAGGGCAGAGGACGGAUUAGUUGCCCCUCUAUCCUCGGCACCUUGCACCCCGGCUCCUGGUCGCCGGAUUAUCAUCAUCCGAUGCGAUAAUCAGAUAUCUCCCGUCAACCUUUUUGUCUCGUUUGAUGGGGUCGCUCCUCAGAGUUCUGAGCAGAGUUUGACCCACCGGAGAAGCGGCUCAGCAGAUUCCACGAACUCGGAUGGCCCGCCUGCGAAGAGACGGUGGGGUCUUCUUCGUUCCAUGUUUGGUGCUAGCAAGGGGCCAGAUGGUACCAAUGAUGGCAGUACGGGCGGAUCAGAGAGCAAUAGCCCUGACCCGACCAUGGUACCUCAAAGCAAAUGCAUGGACGAGCAUGACCAAACUGGUAACAGCAAUACGGACGAUCUGGCUCGGCCCAAGACCGCGCAUCAACCAUAUUUCUUCAAGUUCUCACUCGAAUGGAUGGACCGCCCACAGUGGCCAACCAAGAACAAGCGCCUUUUCCCGCCUUGUAUUCCCGUCGCCUCGCAAGUUCAUGUGCAGCAACAGCGUUCACCCUCCAAAGCUGAGGAGAUGGAGGAGACCUCUGAAAACGGCUCUAAUGCUGAGAUUAUCAUCCAUGAAGCCACCAAGUUCCCCGAAAUCGCAUCCCAGGAUUCUGAUCUCAAAGAUCCAUCGGCAAACCUUCCCCCCGAUACUCUGUCCAGGGAAAUGACCACCAAGGACUCGCCGCUGCCUGAGUUACCAUCGCAGCCGCAGUUCGAUCAUCUUGUCCCCAGCAAAUACUGUGGUCGAGCCUUGGCAGAGUGGGCACACAUUGUUUCCGAAUGCGACAGUUUCUUUGCAAGACGGCGUGACGAAGGCGUCCCCUCUGAUGGGACAGUCGAGACACCCACUCUUGGUGUUGAGACCUUCCGGAAGUGA